ACUAACAAAAUAACAAUCUCUAUUUUCAAAAAUUCAUCGAGUACGUUAAUUAAUUUAAGACAUGGCUGCAUUGGGACGUGACUUUGUGUUUGAGGAUUUCUUUCCGUCUAUGGUGGAGAAACUAGGGUCAGAAGGGUUCUUGAAUGAACUAAAGAACGGGUUCCGGGCAUUGAUGGAUAAGGAGAGGGAAGUGAUCACGUUUGAGAGCUUGAAGAGGAAUUCGGCGUUGUUAGGGUUGGAAGGAAUGAGUGAUGAUGAACUAAUGUGCAUGUUGAGGGAAGGGGAUUUGAAUGGAGAUGAUUGCUUGAAUGAGAAGGAGUUUUGUGUGCUAAUGGUAAGGUUGAGCCCUGAUUUGAUGGAAAAAUCGAGAAUGUGGUUCGCUCAUAGCGUUGAAAACGAUGUGAUGUAGGCUCGUAUUAGCAUGUGCUUUAUUAUGGGCAUUCAUUUUGGAGUAGGAUUAUUAAGCUAUGCUAGCUAGGUCUAUUAGUUUCUAUCAUGUUAUUUUUUUUCCCCCUAUGUAUGUGUCGUCUAGUUUUAUUAGUGAAGUUCAUUGCUAUGGUUCUUUGUUUUUUUUUUGCCAUC